GUGUGGCAUAUUCGCAGGAUGUGGCAACCUUGAUUGCACCUUUGGGCCUCCCUGUGGUGCUAGAGGCCGCUUUAUCUCAUCCAAGCGACUCCAAGUUGCAGGGCUUGAUGUGCGAGGCUUUUGCACGGCUUGCACAGGGUGGUGGCGAGGCUGCUAUGGUAAAAUGCAUUGUGGCUUCUCUCGAGACCCCAGAUGUUGCACUGUCCAUGCUUUGCGACGCAUUGCAGAGGCUGUGUGAGAAUGCGAUCUGUCAGCCACGUCAAGUCGUCGAUGAGCUCCUUCAUCUCUGCGACAGUGAUCCCUCCAACCUGGAGUUGCAGCGGCAGGUGUCCUUGUGCCUGCACAGGCUGCUGGCUGCUGGGGUCGUGUCUGAGGCAUGUGUGCGAGGCAGAGGCACUUUGCUGAACUCGCAGUGGGCUCACCUGCUGGAACGCUUCCUUGGCGCCGAAGAUGAGGAGGCCAAGUUGGACGGCACUUUUCACAGCAAGGUCCAGGAGUUGUUUCACCAGGAGGUGGCUUUGCACUUCGAGUACGAGGCUGCAGAGCGCUGCCUGCAUUACCUUCGAAGAAGGACGCAGCCGUCCUUGGUUUUCUUGGAAGUGAUCCGGUGUUUGGCAGAAAACCUGGAGGACUAUCAAAGCCGUUCAGAGGCUCGCGAGCUUGCUUGGGACGCUGGUCGACAGAUGCUGGUUCCUUUGGAUCCUCACCUGCGCCUAAGACUACAGAACGAGGUUCUUGAGGCUAUGCAGCUUCGGCUGCCGCAAGCCCUUUGUUCUGCGGCUUUGGCAGCCGCAGACUGGCCCAAGAGCGAGGAAAGUUUGGUGAAGAAGACGGCUCACCUUCUCAACGAGUGCAGCAAGCUGCUGGAAAGGAAAACCCAGGUGACACAGGAUCACCAUGAGCGAGCUGCCGAGCUGCGGCGGGAAGUGAUGUUGUUCGAGGCAGUGGAGUACUUGGAACUGAAUGCCGCAGAGGCCACCCCAACUCAGGUGUCUUCUGCAUUGCAUAUGCUUGAAGUCGCAACCGCCGUGGCUCCGGUCGGGCCCAUGGCUGAAGUGCGCUUCGCCAGAGACGGAGCUUGUGCAGGCCGAUGCUUUGGAACGCCUGCGGUAUCGCCUUGGGAGGCUAACUGCGAAGGUUUCGCCCAAGGCUGA